GCAAAAACAAUGGUAAAUGUUACAUCUGUGAGAGAAGGUUUACUUCCUACAAAGAGAAGACGACUUCACUGUCAUCUAAAAGCUUUUCAGCUGUAGCAUCGUGUAAUUCUGGCGUCUCAUCACCAUGUUUACUUGAUUUUUUUUUUUUUCUAUGACGAUCUGAAUGGAGCUUUUAGUGUGUGUUUGCCUCCUCUUGUUUUUAGUUGACUAACUCGAAUUGGGUAACGCUGUGGUAGAGUUGUGGCGGGUGGAGCCCGUCGGUUUUCUGCUGUCCUGUGUCUGUGACUCAUUCUCAUCAGUUUUUGUGAAUUAUCUUUGAAAAUUUUGUAACUGAAGCAGUUUUAUAUAUUAUAAAAUUAUUGUAAUGUCAACUCUAAGAGUCAGUCGAUAAAAUUGUAAUUUCAGACAACUGUUUUGUUUUCUUCUGAUUUGGGGGGGAUGGGAGGACAGGGGGUUAUCGCUCUCUGUCCCCCCCACCCCAACCCCUCCUCCAACGUGAAUUACAUAAUGCCACACACCUGCUUUGAAUAAGGAUGGACAGGUAGACACCCAUCCGGCUCAUAUCAGAUGAGAGAUUAGAGGAAGAGCACACACAUUCUCACUUUGCCUAUUUUUCAAAAGAUCCACACAGAAGAGGGCCGAUAUUCGGAGAACAUACUUGGACUCUGCAGUAAACAGAAACAUUUUCCCAGAUGUCUCCAAAUGGAGCAGCGCGUUUAUUUGCGCUCAUUAUGGUCUGCGCAGCCUUUGCUGCUGUGCGUCCAGCUGGGACUCCAGAUAUUAUGUCUGCUGAUAACGCGGUCUUCUUUGUUAAAAAACUGAUGAUGAAAUGCUACAACCAGGGACGCCCUCUGCCUAAGAUGAUUCUGUUGAGAAAUAUCUUCAACAGCAGUAGCCUGUCAGAAGGAGGUAGAGCUGCUGAUCAGUCCAGCAACUUCCUGUCCACCUUUCUUUAUAUCCUGAACAUGGUCACUGGAGCCACAAACAAAAACUCACAGAGUCCACCCCUCAUGGACGCUGCAGAGACCAGGAUGUGGAAUUGCAGUAACCUUCCAGCUGUUAUAAGGAUGAUGAAGAACUCCUCAGACCCGUCCUGCUGCUACAUGAAUGCUUUCGUGGCCCCUCUGUCCUGGGCCACUUUGACAGCACAGAGUGAAAACUACUUUGACUCCAGUGACUACAACACUUUGCUGUGGGCCGCCAAACCUGUGCUGCAGGACGUACCCUCAGCCAGAACGACGCUCCCCUCCAGAGUGGGCUCGCACAACAUGGUGAAUAUGAUGAACAUGCUGCAGGAGGUGUACACCUCUAUGACCGAGGCGCAAAGAGCUGAGGUGUUCAACUGGGCCAAAGACCAAAUCCUACAGAACAACUUUAGCUGCACAAUGAGGCCAUCUGCUGGCCCAAAAUCAACGUCUAUGAAACCCUGCAAACCAACUCUGGAGUGGCUGGACUCUGAAACCCUGACCAUGCUGGGACCUUACGUCUCCAGCUUGAAGCCAGACGAUGUAGAUUCAUUCCCUAACGGAACUCUGUGUGGAUAUUAUCUCUCGGGCCAGUUUAGGUCUAACAUGACCACCAACAUGAAACCCAGCCUGGGCAGGAAGUUCCUUCAGAGGAUUCAAGAGUGCUCCAGUGUCCCAGAGCUCAUCGAUAAGCUUGGCCCUCUUGCUUGUUAUUACGAUGUUACAAACUUGACUUCUGACACCAGCAAGAAGCUUCUUCCUCAGCUCAAUGUCUGCGACGGUCCCACAGUCUUUAAGCUGAAGAAGCGCCUUGUGGACAGCUUGGUGUCCAGUCUCAAAAACGCUCAAGAUCUGCGAGACCUUGGCAGGAGUGUUACUUUGCUGUCACCUAAACAGCUGUCUGAAAUCUCUCCAAAAAAUCUCAAAGAUGUUCUUCAAACCGUGGGAAACGGUGUGAAAUGGUCCAGGAGCCAGAUGGGCGUUCUGGUCGAGAAGCAACUGGGGGAGAAGAAGUGUGGAGAGUUGUCAGGCCAACAGUUGAUGGAGCUUCAGUCGGUCGCUGCCGGUUUGCCGAGCUGCGCCGUGAGAAAUGUGAAACCGCAGGACGUCCUGAACAACACGGAAACCUUGAAGACCAUCUCGGAGCACAUGAGGAAGGGGCAGCUGAAGGCCAUGCUGCAGGGGCUGAGUGAGAAAGUUAAUCCCUCAGAGCUGCUGCAGAAGUUGGCUGGCCCGUUGCUUCGCAGCGUUUCUCUGAAGAACCUAGAAAAAGCAAACAUCACCUCCUUAGACCAGCUGGAAAAUAAAACCUGGAGUCUGCCACAGGCUGCCUAUUUGGCAAAGAAAAUGCAUGGCCUAAGGAAGCUGCAGUACAGGAGGCUGAAUUCAGUCCUCCAGGGCAUAACCUGCAAGAUGAUUGAUGAAGUUAAUGGCAGCUCUGCACUGGACAUGGCUGAAUCCAUGACAGAGACGCCACAGUGGCUUUCCAAAGUCCAGGCACAAUGUGCUGCACAAAAGCUUUUCCAGACUUUGGAAAACAAAACGGCAGAUUAUUUCAAGAAUAUCACCGCGCAGGAGCUGGAGAGCAUUCCCGCUACGCUGCUACUUCACCUGCCGCCUUCAAAGGUGAGGGAUCUACCUGACUCUGUGUGCCAGGUCUUCCUCGACAAGAUGGGAACAGCCAACCUGACCUCCCUGCCUCCUCAUGCCCCGUCACGCCUUGCACUUGCUGAAAGAGCUCUGCUUUGCCUGCCCAGUGGAACAAAUAUCUCCGGAUUAACCAUUUCGGACGUAUCGAGGCUCGGUCCGCUCCUGUGUGAGCUGAAACCCUCCACGCUGCUCCUCAUGGCCCCUGAAGUGAUGAAGUUCAGCCUCCAGGCCGUGGCUUCCUGCGAACACAUUCCUCAGCCUCACAGGGCGGAUCUGAUCACACUGGUCAACCAGGUGUUUGGGAGUCCUUCUAAUUGGUCGGCUGAAACCAUGGAGACGCUGGGUCCCCUUGUUCUGUUGGAUGAUAACGUCACCUCCGCUUUGCCAAACAACCCGUGGACGAAGGAUGUUCUUGUCUUCCUGAAGCCGCAGCUCAUCCAGGUUUCAGAUGCUUUUAAAAAGAAGAUCUUUGAUCUCAUCACCACCGCCACGUCAAGCACAGCACGUAAUAGGCGAGCAGUUAAUAGUGAUAUAUUCAGCAGUGGCACCGAACCUACAGAAGCAGUUAUUGAAGAACUGGGAGCGGACAAUGUGUUCUGGACACCAGCACAGCUGGAUCUGAUGUCCAACAGAACAUUCCUGGUUGCUGUGGACACACUGGGAUCUGUCACUGGUUACAGCUCAGACCAGCUGAAAGUGCUCUACAGAAAGGCUGUUGAGGUGUUUGGCCCGGUGUCGAAUAUGACUGAGGGUGACGUCGUUCAGCUGGGGUGCAUAACUCAGAGCUUCUCCAACUCUGAGCUGGAAAAGCUUCCCUUGUCUCUGGACAGUCUGAGCGAAAUCAACGCCUGCGGCUGGAAAGGUUCACAGCUGGCGUCGGUGUGGAAGGGCGUCGCUAAAUAUAACAACCUGACAGCGCCGCUGCUGGGAUCCACAGAGAUGGUCCAGCUGAGCCGGUUUAUCUGUGGCCUGAACGCCAGCGAGAUCAGCCAGCUCAGCGCGGGCGCCUUCAGCGACGCGGUGGGCUCCAUGGACGGUCUUCAGUGUCCUGUUGAGGCUUUACAGCAGCUGAAAAAUGUUGCCGUGUCUGCAUUUGGACUCCCCCGCAACUGGACUGAGGCUGAGGUUUCUCACCUGGACUCUAUCAUUGCCGGUUUGAAUGGAUCUGAAAUGGCCUCGCUCUGCCCCUCCGUCUUCCCGUUCAUCAGCAAGAGCUGCAUCCCCCAAAUUCCUCCUGGAAACUUUGCUGCGCUCUCUGUGGCUCAGCUGGAGGCUCUCGGUCCUGACAACGCCGCCAUGGUGACCAGUGAGCAGCAAGCAAAGCUAACAGCUGAACAACUGAGCGUCCUUGAAAAGGCGGCCAUUGGUGGCCAGGAGGAACAGAGGGAGGCCCAGACAGCACAGUCAGGAGCUGCUGCGCUGAGCCUGGAAGGAAUCUCCACCCUCAUGAAGCCUGUUCUGUUUCUCUUUAUUGGAUUCUUUCUGCUGUAAAAAUGGAUUCAUCUCAUCCUCCUGCAAAAUUAGUUGGAUCCUCCGCAGGAGUUAUCUUUCUUAAGCACUUUCAUCACAAUAUAUAUUUGAAUUUGUCUUGACUGUAUUUAAGCCUUAGAUUAUUUAAACUGUAACUGGGGGGUUGUGGGUAAAGAGUCAUUUAUAAAACAACCUUGUAAACUGCUUAAGGGUUAUGGAUAAGCUUCAAAUAUUUCAGCAAGUUUCACUAGAAUGGAUGUAGAAGUUAUCGCCACCUUCAUGAAGCCGUUUCUGUCUCUUAUUGAUAAGUUAUCACAUCCCGCAGAAACAGCAGCUCAUGUUUUUGGGGAUUUAUCCUCACAAUGCACUUUUCUGUACUGUGUCAUUCUUCCAGAUUGGACCUGAUUUUAGCUAAGAUUUAUAUUUUUUAGACUCCAUGAUUGUAAGCGUGUGGCUAUAGUGAGUGAGUUUUAUUUGAUGACUUAAGCCAUGUACUGAUUAUUGCUAAGCUUUUAUUAAAUGUAUAUUCAUAA